CGACAGCAGCUGCUCAAUUUCUGAGAUUGUCAAAAAACACCGCGUAAAGUAUGGAAUAACACUCUUGUAUGCAAGAAAAAUUACUUAAACUUGACAUAAUAUAAUUUAAUAUUUGUAGGCAAAAUGUUCGGGAAAGCGUAUAAAUUAAAAUCAAAUAACACUUUAAAGAAUUCUGAAAAAAAACAUUUAGCACAGCGUAUUUUAAAAGAAUUCCCAGCUGCUACAGACGAGAAAGUGAAAGAGUUAGUUCCUGUGAAGUCAAACACGAGCUGUAUGAAAUUGAUGUUGCAUUCUGGUGAGAGUGUGGGAGUGUAUGUGGUGGACAAUGUGCCCAUGGUGAUAGAGACCGGCGACGUGCUGGUGCCCACCGUGUGCGCCCUGUGGAAAGUGCCGGACCUCCUGCCCACACUUAUUAUACAUUCACCAGUCCUCCCCAAGCUUGCAGGAGGAGCCCCAUUGUAUGCACCGGGAGUGACACUGGCCGAUGCAGCGUCGUUCCCUCGCUUCUCCCGCGGUGCGCUAGUGGCCGCCGCCACCGCGGACAACAGUGCAGUGGGGGCUAUCGGCCGCACCACCAUCUCCUCUGCUGAUCUCCUCAGAACUACGAUGGGUGUAUGCAUGGAAACGCUUCAUGUAUUUGGUGACCUUCUGUGUAAGGAGCCCAAGUUCUGCAAACUAGAGCGGCCUAAGCUGCAGCCCCCAGCGUACAGCUUCACUGCGGACAUCACUGCAGAUAUAGCUCAGUUAAGUAUCCAACAACCAGUCAGAGAGGAAUGGCCCAGUUUAGUUAGAGAAUUGAAAGAAACACCUCACAUAGAAAAAACGACUCAUUUCCCAGUUUUAAAUGAGCCUAAGACCAUUCCUGACGAGGAGGAGACUCAAGUUGCUAAUAAUGAGGUAUCGCAGUUUGAUGAGACUCUCAUGACAGAUAUGUCUCAAACAGAGGAGGAUCUCGUACCCACAGACAUGGACGAACUGCUGCAGUGGUGCCUCUUGAGCUUCAUCAAACUUGAGGGGAAGAACUUGCAGCUGCCACUCAAGACAAACCUGCUCUACAAGAACCACCUGAUGCCGCUUUGUCCGUCACACCGGACCCUGGACGUCAAGAAGUCCAGCUACAAGAAGAUGAGCAAGUUCCUCGAGGCUAUGCAGCAGGAAGGUCUGCUAGAGGUGCGCGAGGUGGAGAAGGGCGUGUCCGCCGUGGUGGCCGUGUGUGCGGCGCACCCGCGCGUGCGCACGCACCGUCCCGCCCCCGCCCACAGCCCCGCACCCGCCCCCGACCUCGCCGCGCCCCGCCCCCCCGCCGUGCGCGACCUCUACUGCGUCACCGCCGCCGUCGCACAACUAUUAGCGCCGCUCAAGAAGGGCACGGCGCUGUCCGCGGCGCAGGUGCGGGCCGCGCUCGCCGAGCAUGUGCGCGCGCACGGCCUCGCCGCCCAGCCCGGCAGACUGCGUGUCGACCCGCUGCUGGCCGCGCUCGUGGGACCUCAGGAGAGCAUAAGCUGGGAGAGUGCGAUGAGCGCCGUGCUGGGCAAGAUGACGCCGAGCACGGAGCUGUGCUUCCCCGACGGUUCCGUCAAGCUCAUCAAGAGCCGCCUCGAGCCCAUCAAGAUGCAGGUCGUCACCCGCAGCGGCAACAAGAAGGUGACGCUGGUGUCCAACCUGGAGUCGUACGGGUUCCGUCCGGGUGAGCUGGCGCGCGAGGUGCAGCUGGGCGCGGCGGCCUCCAGCGGCGUGACGCGCAGCCCCGCCGCCAAAGCCGACCAGCUCAUGGUGCAAGGAGACCAGACACACUUCGUAGCAAAGCUGCUGAUAGAGAAGUACGGCCUGCCCAAGAAGUACCUGGAGGGUGCAGACAAAGCUCUGAAUAAGAAAAAGUAAUUCGCCUUGCUUGCCGUGAGCCGUGUACAGACUUAUGUCAGAUUGAUAUAUGAAAUAAAACACUUUAUUGUACAUUA